GAUUUACCUGAUGCCUUCCUCACCGCGUAAGCUCCCAUAUCAGGUCACCCAAAUCGAACCGACUUCAAGAGUCCUGCGAACGUGGCUAAGACAGCAGCCUCCAACCCAAGACUCUGGUGCAGACAUGAUGUUGUGCUUCUGUCGCUCUUCUAGCUCGCAUGUCGCAGUAUCCAGUUUGCCGGUCUUCCCGACCUAGCGCGACUGUAGCUGUCGUGUCAGCAUACCGUCUUUGAUUACCUCAAUAAGAUGGCCACCCAGUUAGGAGAAUACGGCCCAGUAGAACCGCAUCCUCAGUCUUCACAAGGGUCUGCUGAGCUGAUGCAUGGCGAUGGCGCUGCUGAUCGACGCAAGAAGUUACAAAGCCGACAGCUUUUGUCCUGCACGAAGUGCAGAGUACGGAAGGUCAAGUGCGAUCGGAUAAAGCCGUGCUCCGCGUGUUGUGCAAGAGGCCAAUCCAAAGAAUGCGAGUUCGUCGUUGGAGAAGGCAACGACUACAGUCCCAUUCAGCAGUCAUAUGAGCUUCGCAAGCUGCGUGCAGAGAACCAACACUUACGCGAGCGCCUUCAAGCUGCGACGCUUUCGCACUCGGCUGGUGAGAAUGACAUCGGAGACGCAGGGCUCAAGAGCCCCUGUGCUGCAGGUAAAGCAGCGGGUGUCCGACAGCGCCGCUUCAGGACCGGAGAACGUAUUGACAACCUGUACUUCGGCACGCCGGGCCUGGCCAACGUAGUUAAUGACUUCGCACAUUUGCAACUUGGCAUGCAGUCACUUACAUACACAACACCGAAACCGCUUCCACUACCGCGAGCGCAGGAUAUGUACGGUGCACAAGACUCCAUGUACCCCUUCCCGGUCGUUCAACAUUGGACUGGUGAGCACGCAGUCGACGGCCUUAUUCGCGUCCUGCCGAAGCGGAAUGAGCUCUUCUCAAUCUUGGACUCCUUCCGACACCGUGCGCCGUUGAGCUCCUUCCCACACUCUCCCGAAAGUGUAUCGAAGAGCGAAGUUGAGCGCUUCCUUGAAGAUGUCGAAGGCAAUUCGGUGAGGAGCCCUGAUAUGCUGGCCUUGAUCUUCGUCACGCUUGCGACAGGAUUGCAGAUGGGCGAACAUGAUCGGAGAGGAGGAAAAUGGGUCAAGGGUGCAAUGGCGGAGACGAUGAAACAGGCAGAUCUCUACAUCGCGGCAAGCAUGCAAGCACUCCGUAACGCCUCAUACAUGAACCAGCCUACACUGCUUGGCAUCCAGACUCUCGUCAUAAUGGGACCUUACCUCACGAACAGUGGCCGCUUUCUCGAUGCGUGGACACUAUUCGGCACUACCAUACGCAUGGCUCACUCCAUUGGCCUGCACCGCAACCCACAAUGCCUGGAUCCAACGCGACCGCUUCGAGAGUCCAUGAUCCGCCGUACACUUUGGUGGUGGAUGCUCCAUAUGGACCAACAGUAUUCCGUCACGCUUGGAAGACCGCUGGGCAUUUCGGGCGUGGGUGAUUGUCCUCCGCCUGAGUCUCUAACAACGAAUCCUACGGUCUUGCGACUCGGCGAGUUCGUCGAUCACUUUACUAUCCUGGCGCGGCAGAUCUUGGGUAGCGAUGGCAUGAUGAGCGUAACCAAGAUCGAUGAGUUUACCGACAAGCUACUCGGUCUGUGGGAUACAAUGCCGGCAGCGCUGCAAUUCAAUGAAAGUUGGUCGCGGAAGGAGACUCAGCUGCCGGAUUGGCCGCUUCAAGUCACGUCGGCGACGCUGUUUGCCAAAGUCCAGUCAUUCUUGAUCUUACUAAACCGGCAGCGCAUCGAGCGCACCCAAGCCUCGUCAUCAGGCAACAGCUCGCCAUCCCAACCCAUGAUGCCACCACCAGCCGCUCCACCAAAUUUUAGCAACAACACCGUAGAGCUCAUAUCACAUACCGCACCGUUGCGAGGGAGGUCACUAGUCAUCAUAUCGUCGUUGCAACUUCUCAAGGCUUUCCUGUUCUUCCGUCACCGCGAGCCAGCGGUGCUGAUCUGCUGGAGCGUAGGCCAGCAAGCCUUCAACGCCUGCAUGAUCCUGAUCAUCGACGCUUGGGAGACCGGCGACCUGCUGAACCGAUGGCUGGUUGAGGAAGCCUUCGUCGUGUUCUCCGAGCUGGCGGAGAAUGGAGUCCAUAAGCUUGCUAAGCUGGCCGUCGACCGCAUCUCUACAGGUCUAGCACAGCUCGGACAGCGUCAAGCGGAGCAUGGGCGGCGACAAUCGAGCGCGCAGCAACAGCCAUUAACCUUGCAGCUGGACACGGCAUCGACGACUGACCUGUCUGGCGACGCUGUCAUGGGCAACACCGGGAUGUUCUUACUCGAGGAUUCUUGGCUGCAAUCGUACGCUCCUCAACUGUUUGAGCCGCUUAGCUGGCAAAUGGCUGGCAGAAGUGCUCUGCCCUCGCCGCCAAGCAGCACAGCCACCAUCGGCGUGCCCUCGCCUGCCAUACCCAUCAGCCAUGUCACUGCCGCCCCCUUUCCUGUUAUAUCUCCAACCUUCGUCUCCGGGCCAAUACCGGUCACGAACUCACCGUACGCUAUGGGCCUACAGCCACGGAUGCCGGUCAUGGGUCAACGCGGAACUUCAUAUCAACAGCAGUCACAUCCAUUCCCGGUGGGGCUCCCUUUCCAGCAAUCGUCGAGUGCUUUUACGCCGAUCAACAUUGCCUCGCAGCAAGUACAAGGCCAGCACUCGCCGCAGACGCAGCAGUCGUUUUCUCACGCUAGCGGUCCUCGUCCGCGUCAUGUCACUGUGGCGGCUAGCGCAGGUAGGGGACCGCAAGGAGUGCACAAGCUGAAUCAGGUGCCUGGGCGCUCAGCGCGACGAACGAGAUAGCGGCAGGGACUGGCUUCGCUAGAGAAGUUCGGAAGGCAGAUCCGGUGUAGUUGACACGUGCAGGUGGGAAAUUGAUGGUGCGUUGGCCUAUAGUGGACUCAAUUGUCUUACUAUUGCAUCGAUCGAAGCAAGCGUUGAGAUGGCGCAUUUAAAACCAUCAGUAAACCUAUGGAUUCGUUUUGAAUUCACUUUGAACAACCGUACUACAUCGUCAAUGCCAAGCUACGACAUGCCAACAGAGGUGGUGCUGUGGUAGUGCGAUAAAAUGACGCUACGCUUCGCCCCUCGCGCACAGAACGAAU